AUGGUCUCUGUCUCGCGCAUUCUCGCUACCUUCGUCAUGACGACUGUUUCCUCCCUCACCGCGGUUAACGAUGCCGCCGUUUUCGCUAUGGUCUCUGUCUCGCGCAUUCUUGCUGCCUUCAUCAUGAAGACUGUUUCCUCCCACACUGCGGUUGACGAUGCUGCCGUUUUCGCCAUGGUCUCCGUCUCGCGCAUUCUCGUUGUCUUCAUUAUGACGACUGUUUCUUCCCUCACCACAUCCACCGCCGAUGGCACUCCCGUCCUCUGGGCUCGUGAUGGUGUUGGGCUCAUGAUGACCAGAUGA